CGGAAAGCGCCUCCACUUCAGCGAGCAAGUUGCAUUCCACAUGGACAUUGGAAGUCGAUGAAGUCGGUCUCUGUCUUCUCAUCCAAGAUGACUCAAAAGGAGGAGGGGAAGGCUCAGAAAGAGGGUCUUACUAAGCAAGAGGGUAGCGGGCAAAACAGGGCUUUUCUUUCACUCCAGUUGGCUGAUGGGAGUGCGAAGAAGAGCGCUUGCUCUCCUUUCCCUCCAUUUGGACAGUGA